AUGGGCGAGGAUGAUUUUUAUGUUGUUGGUAUGUCCUGGCAAGGCAAGCCCACGCUAGCCCUAGGUCGAGGUCCGGGUCCGGGUUCAGAGAAGACGGCGACCAGCUAUCCCACCUCGACUGAUCGUCCCGCUACCCUGGCCGACUUCAGUGCGUUCAGUCAGGAUGGGAGAGUUCAUGUUGACCGCUGUCGACUUCCCGCACGGCCGGACAUCAUCCGCUUGUCUGGGAACUGCAUUCUAUCGACCUCCCCUCGAGUUGCCCUUGUGCCCUCUUCUGCCCGUAAGAGCUACGGCGAGAAGAGGCCAUCAGGGAGAAUGGAGCUCACGGUUCGGGAUCCCGGACUUGAGUUUAACUCAGGCAAGCGAAGGGAACGGAGGUAUGGCCUAAAUAGGAAGCUUUGCCGUUGGGUCGAAUACCAUGAUACCAUCUGCAAAGCUCCUCCGUAA